GCCGCCGCGUCCCGCCGGGCCGCGCUCGCCCCUGCAGCGCCCGGGCGGAUGCGGCGGGCCCACGGAGGGGCAUGCUUCCACGCACCAAGUACAACCGCUUCAGGAACGACUCGGUGACAUCGGUCGACGACCUUCUGCACAGCCUGUCGGUGAGCGGCGGCGGCAAGGGCUCGGCGGCGCGCGCGGCCCCGGCGGCGCCCCCCUACCUGGUGUCCGGAGACGCGCUGCGCAGGGCGCCCGACGAUGGGCCGGGCAGCCUGGGCCACCUGCUCCACAAGGUGUCCCACCUGAAACUCUCCAGCUCGGGCCUCCGCGGGCGCGCGGCGGCCGGGGCGCGGGCGGGCGCGCGGCUCUCGGGCAGCUGCAGCGCGCCCAGCCUGGCCGCCCCGGACGGCAGCGCGCGCCCCGGCCCCGGCGCCCCGGCCAUGCGCGCCGCCAGGAAGGGCCGGCCCGGCGACCAGCCGCCGCCGCGCGCCCCGCACGCCAGCGACCAGGUGCUGGGGGCCGGAGUCACCUACGUCGUCAAGUACUUGGGGUGCAUUGAAGUUCUCCGCUCAAUGAGGUCUCUUGACUUCAGUACAAGAACACAGAUUACCAGGGAAGCCAUCAGCCGAGUCUGCGAAGCCGUCCCGGGCGCCAAGGGAGCCUUCAGGAAGAGAAAGCCUCCCAGCAAAAUGCUGUCCAGCAUCUUGGGCAAGAGGAACCUGCAGUUUGCGGGGAUGAGUAUCUCCCUGACCAUAUCCACCGCCAGCCUGAACCUGCGGACGCCCGACUCCAAGCAGAUCAUCGCGAACCACCACAUGCAGUCCAUCUCGUUCGCCUCCGGGGGAGACCCGGACACGACGGACUACGUUGCAUAUGUGGCUAAGGACCCCGUUAAUCGCAGAGCAUGCCACAUCCUGGAGUGCUGUGACGGGCUGGCCCAGGACGUCAUCGGCUCCAUCGGACAGGCCUUCGAGCUCCGGUUUAAGCAGUAUCUGCAGUGUCCUUCCAAGGUCCCCGCCUUCCACGACCGAAUGCAGAGUCUGGACGAGCCUUGGACUGAAGAGGAGGGGGACGGCUCAGAGCACCCAUACUACAACAGCAUCCCAAGCAAGACGCCUCCUCCGGGGGGCUUCGUGGAUGUGCGGCUGCAGCCCAGACCCCACGCACCUGACGUGGCCCAGUUUGCAGGAAAAGAGCAGACGUACUACCAGGGGAGACACUUGGGAGAGCCGUUUGGUGAAGACUGGCAGCAAACACCUGUCCGGCAAGGGUCCCUGGACACCUACAGCCUGCCGGAAGGGAGAGCCCACGCGGGCCCCGGAGAAGCCCCCACCUACGUGAAUGCCCAGCACAUCCCGCUGCAGGCCACGCCGGCCUCGGGCAGCAGCGCAGAGAGCAGCCCGCGAAAAGACCUCUUCGAUAUGAAGCCUUUUGAAGAUGCUCUCAGGACCCAGUCCCUGGGGCCUGUGCUGAGCAAGGCGGCCUCCGUGGAGUGCAUCAGCCCCGUCACGCCCAGAGCCCCAGACGCCAAGAUGCUGGAGGACCUGGAAGGGGAGCCUUGGUACCAAGGCGAGAUGAGCCGGAAGGAGGCCGAGGGGCUGCUCAAGAACGACGGGGACUUCCUGGUGAGGAAGAGUGCCACCAACCCGGGCUCCUUCGUCCUCACGGGCAUGCACAACGGCCAGGCCAAGCACCUGUUGCUCGUGGACCCGGAGGGCACGAUCCGGACGAAGGACAGGGUCUUUGACAGCAUCAGCCACCUCAUCAACCACCACUUGGAGAACAGCCUGCCGAUUGUCUCCGCCGGAAGCGAGCUCUGCCUGCAGCAGCCGGUGGAGAAGCCCCUGUGACCGGCCAGCCACCCGUCCUGACCCUGCACUGGUGGUCAGGAGACCUGGUUCUUCCCGGGAAGUGGGUACAGGGGUACGGAAACUCAGGCAGCCGCCCGCGGGCUCAGAGCCUUGUCCAAAUGCCUCAGGAGGAAGGUGUCCGUAAAGUGCAAGUUUCAUAAACUUGUCCUGAUUUUCUCGUGUGCAUAUGAAAGGUGUACAUACCUAUACAUCCUGUACAAAUUAGCCCUCUAUAUUUAUAUUUUUUAAGACUAAGAAAGAUGUAAGACUAAUGUUCUGUGCUGUAUGUUUUUAAUGGAAAAAAAGUUUGACUCUAGUUGUCUGGGCAAAAAAAUGUAACUCAGCUAACCCAUUCUCCUGAGAAAUUCCCCUCAGAAGGUGAGAUCUGCAGUUUUGCCUGAUAAGCACAACACGGGGACCAGAAGCGAGCAGGGGGUGGUGAUAAGUGUCGGGUCUGGCUCUGGUCCUGGUGGCUGCCACUCGGGGGUGUUGGCGCCCCCUCCCUGCGUGAUGACGCCUCCCCCGCCGUCUGUAUUGCACCGUGUGCUCCUGGCUCCCGCACCUGACACCUGGUGUUGCUGAACUGAGUGUCAGGGCCGCUGUUUCGGGUGGUGCCUGAGCACAGGAAUGCCGUCCCCCUUGACCGCAGUGGUCCAGGGCCCUCAAAGAGCUGUGUAACUGCCAGAUGUGGCACAAAAUGAACCUCAGUGACCAACAUCUUCACUGGCAAACUCUUCCAUCGCUCUCACCUGCAUCAUGACACAAAACAAGAGUGGGCGGAGGGCUGAUUGGGGCGAAGUCUUGGCUUCUGUGUCUUUCCAGCCAAUCCGAUGAUCACAGGCUGCUGAGGUGGCUGCUAGAAAACUGUCCCUGCCCUUAAUCUGACAGAGGAAAACGCACCUUACGAGCUGUGUGGAAGGCAGAUCUAACACGGUGCUCGGUCCGGUAGAUGUGUGCACGGCCGUGGCGUGGAAGGCAGACCUACCACGCAAGCUCCGCCCCCGAGACAUGUGCACGGCAGUGGCUCUUGCCCUGCGUUUGCCCGAGGUUGGUGACGCAGGGGCUUGCGGGAUCCAUCUGAGGUUUUCUGCUUCUCGAGUGGUUGGUGGGUAAGGUGGCUGGCUGUCUCUACAGCAGACUCUCCAGUUGCUCCGUGGAAAGGACGCCUGGCCCAUGGAGCUCUGUCUCGGCCCCUCCUUUGAGCUAAAGUACUAGGGUUUCUUACUGGGUCAUUGAGCGUCAGGAGGCCGACAGGGCCUCUAACUUGUAAAUGCCAGGUUGACAUUACCAUGUGACUUAACAGAUGCCGUCUUUUAAAAGCUAGAAGGAUUCAUUCAUUGGCUGUCACCUUCCAAUUGGUGCCAUGGCAUAGGCCCCCAUCCCGUGCGACCCCACGGCAUGAGGCACCCCUGGGUCAGAGCCACAGGGGGACUCGCCACACACUUAGAGCGAGACAGUAAUAAUUCAGUGCUUCAAGAGUGAGGAGUUAAGGGUAGAUUUAAAAAAUUCUGAUGAAUGACUGUGAAGUUCUAAUGCUAAAUGAACCCCAUUUCUGUUUUUGGGAUGUGUGUGUCCAGGGGGGAUGACGGGGUGAAGCUCACGGGUGAGGGUGGGUCAGGCAGCUUUGCAGAUGUGCUUGGAGCCUUCUUAGGAGUUUUUGUCUAUUGAGGGUCCAGUGAAUCCAAGAUGCCAGUGGCUUCCAUCUUCUAGAAUGUUCUGCCAUGGAUCGGAACUGAUGUAGGACCCUCUGCCUCUUCCGAGAACGGUUCUGGUUUCAGUCACAGUGUGGAUACUCUGCCCAGGUCACUCAGAGGCGGUGGGGACUGAACGGGGAUGGGGCAGCAGUAGUUCAGGCUCUUGCCCUGUGACGACGUGGACGGGAUGGGGGUGGGGACCGCGUGCACCCCGUCCCCCUGCGGCCCUGCAGACAUACCAGAAGUCCCACCCCAGUGUGGGAGCAUACACAGACAUAAAGGUGGAUAAACUGACUUUUUAGUGGCCCAUCGUGCAGUGUUAAGGGCACCUCCCAAAUGCUAAUGUUUCAGGGCAAUGUGGGAAAGGCUGCCUGGGGACCCUGAGACCCUGAACGUGUGACCUGCUUUCUUUUCCUUCUUGGGGAUAUAAGAGGGAUAUAAUCUGCAGGUGUGGGAGCUCUCUGCUGCGAAGUCAGUGUCUCUCUCAAUGGUGAUAAGCAAUAUAUAUAUACCAUGUUUUUUCUGCAUGAGAAUCAAUUUAAAAAAUUAGAGGUAUUGGCGGGAGAUCAAAUUUUUGUUUCAAUAUUAACGCAAAACAUGUAUUUUUAAGCUCAGAUUCCAGGGCUGCUUACAAAGGGACAGUGCCAGUGGGAAACUGCACUCCUUUGUAGUCGCCAGAGCAGCCUGGGGACCCAGCGGGUGCCGGCCAGGUCCCUUGUCCUUGUUCCUCCCCUGUGUGAAGCGUAUUGGGGCUUCCCCGGGUCACCCCAGCUCUCCUCCAAGGUCGUGUGAUGGCUGUUACAGGGAGCCUCAUUCACAGGUGGGGAAACUGAGGCUCAGUGGGCGGGCAGCCAAGCUGUCCAGCGGCCUUGGCGUUACUGGGCUCUGCGGCGCCAGGAGCUCAGGAUUCCCAGGGGAAGACGGGCCCCUCCCUGACCAGCCUGGGUCCCCGUCGCCCAGUCCCCGGCCUGUGCCUCUGCGGGGGCAAGGCGGGGUUCUCCGGGGCCUCUCGUCCCGGGUACAUUCUCCGUGCAGUGUGCCUGGCCACCCCUGGGGUGCACCCCCUCCCGGGCCCCUGCCCAGGGGUGCACAGGUGCGGCAUCGGAGGCCUGGCCCCCCCAGCCCCCGCCACACACACACACACACACACACACACACACACACACACACCUGUGUGUGAAUUAGUGGUACUUGCGGCCCCGGAUGCCUGUGGGGGCUGCUCAGCAGCGGUUUCACAGAGCUCUGACGCUUGAGGCCCUGGACUGCUCGGCAGACUGAUGGCUGAUGCACGCACGCAUCUCCCGACCCCAUAAGUGACACCUUAAGCCUGAGGUCCUGGUCCUUAUGUCCUGGAAUCAGUCACCGGGUGGACGCAAUUCCCAUGAGAUCACAAGCCUCCCUGGGCGCCGCCAGCAGAGCCACGUGGCCUCACACGUGCUGCUGGGCCUUCCCUGAGCGCUGGCCCACGUGCCACCUGCACCGCAGAGCCGUGCACCGUCCCCGCCCAAGACAGGGGUGAACGUCCAUCAACAGGAAGGACAGCUGUCCCCUGGGAUGUUUGGGAAAAUGUGUGACGGGCUCUCUGGCGGGCGGGGUACGCAUAUGUGUGCGCUCGGCCCGUGCGUGCCGUCCACCCUGCGUGCCCCCCGACGUGUGCGUCCCCCACUGCGCGCCCCUGAGCCUUUCUGUGGCGGCGAGGAAGGGGAGAGGGAUUGCGGAAAUACUGCACUUGGGUCAUACGUGUCAGAAUAAUACCAGGCUCUGUAGUGAAACUUUGAAAAUUGGUCCUGGGAAAGACGAAGCAGAAAAACCGCUCGGCAGGAAGGUGUUACAAACCUGCAUGCGCCGUGGCUCCCCAGAGGGUCCCGAGUGAGGCAGGCUACAGGAUCAGGAUCAUGCAGCUGCACACCCCCCUCUUCUCUGGGGGAGCGAGGGCCAGACUUGCCGCAGUGCGGGGGCAGUCAGUGGCCGAAUCUAGGACAGAGCGAAGGACUUAUUAGGGUCCUUAACAGUGUGUGUAUAAUGCUCCACCCCCGAUGGAAAACGGCCAACAGCGCUUCUCCCUUGGGUUUGCAUGUUUCCCCCUUUCCUGGAGGAGGAAGUGUUUCUGUUUGGGGCCCUUCACUUCUCCGGGUGAUGCCCGGGGCUGGGGAAGGGAAGGAAGUCGGGGAGGAGAGCACGAUGGGUCCAGUCACCAUGGUGUGGAAGACUGAGGCACAGCGGGAGGCAGGGUGGACGCAUCUUGGCCGGGACCCAGCUGCGUUUAGCCGCUGCCGGGCACAGAGGAAAGCGGGCCGUGUGCAAACCUGAGCACACUCCCCGCCGGGACUCCCCGGCAGAGACACAGUCCUCCGGGAGCCCCCAGGGCCCCACCCCAGCAGGUCUGCAGGGCCCAGGAACGUGCAUUUCUCUAGGGAGUGCGGCGCGCCAUCAGGCGUGAGCUGCCAGCCCUUUGCCCUCCCUUCCUGAGGGCUUCACGCCUCCAGUUUGUAUGUUUUCCCUCCACUUCGCGUCCUGGGUCCCAGAGUCCACGCUCUGGGCUUUAAAAGUGGCGCAUUAAUGAGCAUUUAGAACCCCAGGCAAUCAGUGCCAUCUGCCAGCCACAGUGUAUUUAUAAUGGGCUUUAUACAUAUUGAUAAGUUUGCCAGCAACAAAUGCACAGUUUUAAAACUGGCACAUUUUACAGCAGCCAGAAAAACUGCAGUUUUAUAUGAGGACUUUGAAUAUCAGUUGCGGGCACACGCGUACCUCCACGGAUCACGACAGCCACGCACCUGUGUGGGGGCCCCCGCGGGCAGGCGGUGUGACGGCACCUGGCCCUCCUCUCCGGGCUUUGGGAUUUUAAGCAACAAGGACAACCAGAGAGCUGAGCAGACGUGGAGAGUUUGGGGGCUGACGGGCCCGGCGUCGGCAGACGGCUGGAGGAGGGUCCUGGGUGCCGCAGGAGGGGACCCAAGUGCAAGGGAGCAGGAGCAGGCAGGACGGCCGCGGGGGGGGGCUCUGUGGAAGUGACCAAGGGGCGGGGGCGGGGAGGCCACCAGGAUGGAUGACAGUGCAGGAGGGUGAAGGUACGGAGAAGGGCUUGGGGACAAGCACAUCCGGUCUCACGUGCUGCCUGUGUCUGCAGCGCCCAGAGACGACGGGCAGGAAGGGACAGGGGCAGAAAGGCUGUCCUCCCUGGCAUGCUUGGGGGCGACCAGUCUGCCCCGGCACAGCCGUGCACCCCCCAGCUGGCGGGCAUCUCUCUCGGCCCUGUCUGUGCACGGUUCCUACGUGGCAGGGUCUGCGCUGGGGUCCCCAGAGAGAUGGGGACCUGUGACCUGCUGGGAAACAAGCACGCACAGGGCGUGAGGGCCAGACGGGCCUGCUGGCCGGCGUGGCCACGUUCAACAGGGCAGUGGAGGCCGGGGCUCCCGGCUGGGUCUGGGCAGUCUGGAGGUUGUGCGAGCUGGAGGCGGGUGGGGCGGGGGUGUCGACAGGCGGACAGGCGAGGCUGGAGGCCGCGGAGCCAGCAGGGACACCCUCCUCGCGCCCCGCGGCUGGCGCUGGCCGGGGCGCUGGGGGGUGCCGGCUGCGCCCCUCGGGUCCCCUCCCCCCCCGAUGCCCUGAAAAGGACUCCCCAGGGCUCCUCCCUGAGCGGGGAGCCCUUCUCACGGAAGAAGGUGCCAGACACGAAACCUUGUAUGAGCUUGUUUCUGGUGUUGUUGCGUCACCUUGAGGCGCUGUAGGUAGCAAGCCACGCGCACGGAGAGUGCAGGUGUGGUCCCGCGUGUCACACGUCGUCAGCCCACACGCACCCGGGGCGUUCCUACCACAGCCAGAUUGUGUGCGCCACUGAAUCCAGCAGCGGUCCACAGAGCAGAAAUACGUGGGCACCUCUGUUUGCACAUUGGGUUACCUUUCUCUGUGAUGACUGUGUGUCAGCAGUGAGUGCAAUGUUCUCUGUUCAUUUGCCUUUUGAAUAAAACUUGUUCCAGAAUAAAUACUGUAAAAACUUUAA